ACUUUCAAAAUUAAAAGAGCAAAGCCAACUGGCAUUUUUCAUUCAUUCAUAUCAGGAUAAAAUGAGACGUAGCAACAUUUUAGUACAUGACAAACUUAGCCUAAGAAUAAUACCAUUACAUACAUUUCUAUGUCAUUUUUAUUAUUACUACUCUUCCAAUAUAUACUUUCACCAUCUUUUCCUCUCUUCCUCCUCCCUAUUUGUAUACUUCUAACACAUAAGAAAUCCUCAAAUUCUUACCAUAAACAAACUCUUAUGAUCAAAUUGUAAAGGAAAUACUCCAACAAUUACACAUAUAGCUAAUAUAUAUCGCUAAACUAUCAGAUAUAAAAACAUGGAUAUCGCGGCGUCUGAAUGGAGUGCAGGGUGUGAAUCUGGUUGGACAGGCUACUUGGAUGAAUCAUACAUUUCAAGACAUUACAACAAUGGUGUGGUUGAUGAUCAUCCUCAUAGUUAUACAAUGAAUUUAACUCGCAAUUACGAUGAUGAUGAUAUGUCCAUGGUUUCUGAUGCAUCUUCAGGUCCUCCACAGCAUGUUGUUGUACAAGAAUAUGAUGCACAAUCAUAUAGUCGUAGUACCAUCAACAGGGAUAAUUGUUAUUCCACUACUUCUGAGAAAUCGUCCAAAAAAUUUGUCAAGAAAUCAAAGAAAUCCAGUAAAGAGACCAAGACACAGGGUAAUAAUAAACAUCAACAAUAUCAGCAAUCAUGUUAUCUUGAUGACACUGCUAGCUCUCCUACAAUAACCCAUUCUAAGAUGUAUGACAUUCCUUCUACGUUGGACUUUUCACAGAGCAUGUCAGCAACCUAUCCACAGGGGAAUUCUUCAUACAGUAAUCACUAUGAUUUUUGGCAAACUUCUCAUCCUAAAGAUACUGAUCAUUCAGCUCAACCAGGUGAGUUGCAAGGAAGAGUAUGGGAAUAAGACAAUGGAAAAGACAUUAUGAGAAAGUUACAUAAGUAAAUCUACUCUCUCAAAGAGGGAGAGAUGGAAAAAAAUGGUGUGGAUGUCAAAAAAGAAAUGUGUUAAAGAUCUUAGUAGGGAUAUUAAUUCUGUCUUCUUUCGUUUCUUUUUUGUUUGUUAUUAUGAUUAAUUAUAUUUCUCUUUUUCCCUGGCUUCUUUUCAUCUGUUCCUGUCAAUACAAUGGGAAACAACCUGAGAACAAAUAUAUAUAUUCAAAUAAUUAUUUA